GCCCCCCCCCCCCCCCGCCCACUCCCAGCCCAAGACCGGCCCAGUCCCACUGAUUCUCAAAUAGCCAGACUCCAUGGCAAAACGAGCCCUAUUCCGGCACGAAACCCUUCUUCUUCAACCCUAUUCCCGCACGAAACCCUUCGUCUUCCACACUUCGAACCAGCAUGAGCCCUUCGCCGCUUCACGAGUUCGUCAGGAGCUUACCCUUCGAACCAGCAGCAGGAGCUUCGUGAGUUGGUCUUCCACACUGCGAACCAGCAGGAGCCCUUCGCGAGUUCGUCAGGAGCUUUGUGAGUUCGUCGUCGACAUUUCGAUCCAAAAGAAGCUCUUCGCAAGCUCGUCUUCAAGCCUUCGUGAGUUCAUCUGCUUCGAAGUUUGAACUCGGUUUUUAUAAACCCUAAUUUAUUGCAGAAAUUAUUCUGUCUAGUGUACAAGGGAAGCUAAUUGUAAAGUGAGGCACUAAACAUCUAUGGCGACAAAAUAUAAUCAAAAACAAGGGCUAAAGAGAUUCACAACACCUAAGAGAUAUGGUGCAUGCAAGCAGGCAAAGAAGAUUAUCCACAUUGAAGAAACUAGCCCCUCCCCAAGUUUGCGAGAGGAUUCAUAUGAUAGACGCUCAAGUAGCUUAGCUUCUGAAGGAGAAGAAGAGGAGUUGGUUCCUAAAGAGCGAUCAACAUAUGAUCACUUGUUAAGGACGCUGGGUUCUUGUAGCCAAUCUCUUGCAAAUAUUUAUAAGAGGAGACAAAGAGAAGAAAAAGGAAAAAGUGAGUCAGAAAGUGAGGAAGAUGACGGAAACGAGUUGGAAGAUGACGUUGAUGGUGGCUCUGAAUCUUGCAGUAUUUCUGAAGAAGAGAAUGAUUAUGAAGAUGGUAACAAUCAUGCCAUGGAAAGCAAAUUACAUGACUUGGGAAUGCUUGGGGAUGUGGAGCCAAAUGAAGAUGCUGAAAGUAAAGAUGACAAAGAGGCCUUUGACACAGAUCAGGAGCAGGACUUCAUAGUUAAUGGUCAAUCUGCUAUUGAUGCACAAGAUGGUACAAGUUCAUUUUAUGAUCACCUUGAGCACAAGUUAUUAGAGGGAGAGGUUGACAACCUAACAAAACGGAAAUGCAAAUAUAGAUGGGAGAAGCCUGCUCAUUUCAUGUCAAAUUGCAAGUGGAUGGGGGCUGGGGACUGUUUUUUGAAGGAUGAUAACUGUGAUUCUGAUUAUGGUCUCAAGCCAAAAUUGUCUAAGCACUGGUUGGAUGUCUAUGAAAAAUCUGGAGGCAAGGAUUUUCAUUCUUCCAAGCAGAGAUUGUUCUUCUCGCUUUGCAACAGCUAUCGGGAUAUAUUGCACUAUAACAAGAAGCCAUUUUAUCUAAAGGGCCUGGAAGAAGACUCAAGUAUAAUGGAUGCAUACAUUAUCCAUUCUCUGAAUCAUGUUUUUAAGACUAGGGACCUUGUGAUUAAGAAUGAUGCGAAGCUUGCCAAGCAGCAAGAUAUUUCUAAGGGGGACAUUCUUGCUGGUGAAGAUUUUCUUGAUCAUGGGUUUACUCGCCCUAAGGUUCUGAUCUUGUUGCCUUUUGCAAGUUUUGCACUUCGUGUUGUUAAGAGGCUAAUACAACUGACACCUUCAUCAUACAAGACUAACGUGGAGUACAUGGAUCGUUUUUGUGAUGAGUUUGGAACUGAAAGAGCUGAAGACAGUGGGGAUCAUCAUGUUUUUGAGAAACAAUCAUCUAAACCUUCUGAUUUUCAAGCACUAUUCGGUGGGAAUAAUAAUGAUCAUUUUAUGAUAGGCAUCAAAUUUACUAGGAGGUGCAUAAAGUUAUACAGUGAUUUCUACUCGUCAGAUAUGAUUAUUGCGUCUCCUCUUGGACUGGUUACUAAAAUUGGGGAGGCUGAAAAAGAGAAGGAAAAAGAUACUGAUUAUCUUUCUUCAAUAGAGGUUCUCAUUAUUGAUCAUGCAGACGUAAUUGCGAUGCAGAAUUGGUCCCAUGUGAUUACAGCUGUUGAACAAUUAAACCGCCUACCGUCUAAGCAACAUGGGACUAAUGUUAUGCGCAUUCGGCAAUGUGCUGCCGAGCAAAAUGAUCAUGCUGGUUGGGGUCCAUCAUCGAACAAAUCAGAGUCAGAAAAUGCACCUGGAAGUAAGCUUCCUCCUGAGGCUGGAUUUGGAAGAUUCUUCAUAAAAAAGAUGGAAGGUUGCAAGGACAAACAAUUUAAUGCCAGGUGGCUUGAGUUCCAAAAGAGUGGGCAGAGUGCAAGAUUUGCUCUGCAAAAUAGCCUGGUGGGUGGCGUUUGGAAAGAGGUGCAUCAUGGUUUGAUGAUGGUUGUUUGGUUUUCAAUCAGAUUGAAAGGUUUGUUCUUGAGUUUUCAUAAGGAAUCACGCUAUACUGGAUGUGACCGUGGACGAAGGUUGAAGUUUUGGAGUAGUGUGGGGUGGAAAGAUAAGAGAUUUAUAGUGUUCAUUCCUGGUGCGCAAAGGGCGAUGGUUGGCGAACCUUCACCAAGUGAUGAGGCGUAG